AUGGAAUUAGAUCAAUCCAACGACAUCACAGAAACAGCCUCUACCUCUUCAGAAAACGUAGAGUAUGCAUACAUUCCACAAAGCGAAACCAAAUGGCAGAAAACCGUUGAGCGUGUGGUCAGGUCGGUUGUUUCGAUUCAUUUUAUGCAGCCUGUCAAUUUUGACACUGAAACCUCCUUGUGCUCAGAAGCCACAGGUUUUGUUGUUGAUUGUACGCAAGGUAUCAUUCUGACCAAUAGACACGUUGUUGGGCCUGGUCCUUUUGUGGGGUAUGCUGUCUUUGACAACCAUGAAGAAGUUGAGGUCACUCCGAUCUAUCGUGAUCCAGUCCAUGAUUUUGGAUUUUUGAAAUUCGAUGUCACCAAAGUUAAGUACAUGAAAGUACAGCAGUUAGAACUACAUCCAAAAUUGGCUCGUGUGGGUGAGGAAAUUCGUGUUAUAGGUAACGAUUCUGGUGAAAAAUUGAGUAUCUUAUCAGGUUUCAUCUCAAGAUUGGACAGAAAUGCACCAGAUUAUGGUGCCAACACAUAUAAUGAUUUUAACACAGAAUAUAUUCAAGCAGCAGCCAGUGCAAGUGGUGGAUCAAGUGGAUCUCCUGUUGUCAACAUAGAUGGGCAUGCAGUUGCCUUGCAAGCUGGUGGUAAUUCAGAAAGUUCGACUGAUUUCUUCUUACCUGUCUGGAGAGUUAAGAGGGCUCUAGAAAAGAUUCAACAAGAUGAAGAGGUGACAAGAGGUACCAUUCAAGUUCAAUGGACCCUAGAACCUUUUGAUAAGUGUAGAAGGUUAGGCUUAACUUCGGACAUUGAGGAGAAGGUCAGAAAAACAGGUGAAGACAUCAAUGGUAUGCUUAUUGCUUCUGUGACAUUGCCUUCUGGCCCUGCUGAUGGGUUGAUUAAAGAGGGUGAUUGUUUGAUUAGUAUCAAUGGCGAAUUAAUUACUAGUUUCAUUCAAGUGGAUAAUAUUAUGGACGAUAGCGUUGGUAAAGAAGUCAAGUUCAUGAUCCAAAGAAACAGCAAAAACUUUGAACGUGUGAUCAAAAUUGGCAAUUUGCAUGAUAUCACUCCUUCCAAAUACGUAUCUGUUUGUGGUGCAACUUUUAAUGAGUUGAGCUACCAAUUAGCUAGGAUCUACGAUAUUCCUGUUAAGGGCUGUUAUGUGAGUGAUGCAUCCGGAUCAUUCCAACUUGGCGGCUCAGAAUUAAACAACUGUUGGAUCAUCGAUACAGUAGAUGAUCAGCCUACGCCUACAUUGGAUGCUUUCAUUGAAGUAAUGAAAACAAUACCAGAUAAAUCCUUUAUUCCUGUUAAGUAUCAUCAUCUAACUGAUAUCCAUGUUCCAUUAUUCAAGAAUAUUUAUAUUGAUAGACAUUGGUCAUCUUCAUUCAAAAUGGCAACUAGAAAUGAUAAGACUGGUUUGUGGGAUUUUGAAACAAUUCAAAAGGAGCCUCUUAAAAACAACGAAAUUAGCGUGAAAAGUGCCAAAUUCUUAGAUUUACCAACAGAGUUUGAGUCAUGUCAACAACUGAACAGAUCGUUCGUUCAAGUCGAUGCAAUUUACGAAUUACCAUUGGAUUCAUUUGGAGGACAUGUUAGAAGGGUUCAUGGUGUUGUCAUUGAUGCAAGCAGAGGGUUUGUACUAGUUUCAAGACAUGCUGUUGCGCAUGAUCUUUGUGACAUUAAUAUCACAAUUGCAGAAUCGAUCAUUGUCCCUGCAAAGGUGGUAUUCUUGCAUCCAACCAAGGGGUAUUCCAUUGUUAAGUAUGAUCCUCUUUUGGUCAAUGCGCCUGUCCAGACUCCAAAAUUCAGUGAAACACCGAUGCAAAGAGGUGAUAAGGUUGUUUUCAUUGGAUACAAUAAAUCUCUCAGGCCGGUUGUGGAUGAAACAAAGGUCAGCGAUAUCGGUGUGAUGAACAUUCCUGCCAACUCCAAUGCUCCUAGAUACAAGGCAACCAACGUUGAGGCUGUAUUGAUUGAUUCUACAAGUGGACAGAAAUGCCAUUCUGGUGUUCUGUGUAAUAAGGAAGACGGUGUCAUCAGAGGGUUAUGGUUAUCCUGUGAUGGAGAAGAUGAUAAGAUGUACACCACGGGUAUAGACAUAACUGACGUCAUGUGGGAGUUAGAAUUUUUGAAGAGGGGAGAGGAACCAGAUGUCAAGAUCAUCGACGUCGAGCUCAGUUCGAUCUCUAUUGCGAGUGCCAGGAUCAACGGUGUUCCUGAAGAGUGGAUCUCGAAGGUUGAGAGUAGCACGGGUAUCGACAAAUUCCAGUUCUUAUAUGUUCCAUCUGUUUCGGUUGGCUCGAAUAACAAGCCAAGCUGUCCUUUGAACCCGGGAGAUAUUUUACUUGUUGCCAACAAGAAGCUAGUGACCCGUAUCCGUGACAUCGACACUGCAGUGAAAGAUUUGGAGAAAGAUGAAGAGCAGAUCAACUUCAAGGUUGUUCGUGAAAAGCAGGUCAUUGACUUGGAAGUCAACCUGACUCGUACCAAAUCUUUUGUCACCGACCGUGUUGUGUUCUGGUCUGGGUGUGCAUUGCAAAACGCGCACCAUGGUGUCAGACAGAUGAUCAACAACUUACCAAGCGGCGUCUACUGCACAACCAUCUCGAGCGGAUCUCCAGGUAGGUUCUACGCGGUGGGGAUCACCAACUUCAUCACCCAUGUGAACGAGAUUCCUACGGGCACGCUCGAGGACUUUUUGAAGGUGGUGAAGCAGGUGAAGGACAACACCUACGUCAAGCUCCGUAUUGUCACCUUUGACAACAUUCCGAUGGCACAGACCCUUAAGGUGAACUACCACUACUUCCCCACGGUGGAGCUCCGGAAGGUCGAUGGUGUGUGGAAGUCAUUCAGCGACAAAAAAGACUGA